GCUUCUGAGUUCGUCUCCGGACGCAUGGCUCUGAAGAGAGAAGAGGUUGUCUGCGAAAAGUUUCAAGGUGUGUUGUUAAGUGCCUUUUCCUGUUACGAAGCUCAAUCUCACGUUUCUUUCAGAAGCGGUUGAAGAGUGCGCAAAAGCCCUGCAAGAGGACGGUGCAGUGGAACUUUGGUUUGAAGACGACGAUAUGAACUCGUCAGGACCGGCAAAGGAGAGAGCCUUGCUAAAGGAGAAAAGCGGCAAACAUGGAUCGAACGGCGUUGUCUCUUGCGAAGCGAGAGCGGAUGAUUUCCGGAGGGCGACAAGGGGAUUUCGCGGCUCGCCGGUGAUGACCGACUAUACUCAGGCUCCUGCAAGCGAGUCUCGUUCAGAAAGCAAGAUCCAAACUGCAGUAGUGUGCAGAAAGAGAUCGAGGGGCAGUUCAGCUGAUGCACCGCUCAGAAAAAAUCGCACACGACGCGAGCAUGUCACUUUGUCGAGCCCAAUUCGUGCGCGCUCAAAAGGCAGCUUUCGGGAUGCAGAAGCAGAAACCGAAGCACCGAUCGCGGCUGGAAUGGACGGUAAUGCAAUACCAAGCUCUGACGCUGACGAGAGCGUUAUAUAUGCGCCAGAUCCUGUCUUUAUGCGCUUCUCUGAAACACGGUCUGGAUUGGAGGAGCUCUACCGAGAAGCCAUGGACCUUACGAAGAAGAAUGAGAAGUUGCAACGCAAGCUUGAGGGUCGCCAGAAAGAGAAUGCGCUCCUCAGGCGGAAGAUCAAGCAAUUGCGUGCAGACAACCAAGCCAAAGAAGAGAAAAGCGACCCUGAGGGCCGAGCGAAUUGAGCAUCUCAUCGUUCAUCCCGAAAAUGUGGCUUCGUCUUUAUCUCGCCAAUCGCGGCGAAACUACCCAUAGACCCUAGCUACGUACCGCUCGCCGCUGGCAAGGGGCUAUCCUGUGUAAUAUA